GUCAAUGGGGACUGUGUUAUUGCUGGGAGUUAGCUAAUUCAUCGCAGUUUGUGUGUGUGUGUGUGUGUGUUUUUACCGAGUUGGUAACUAAACGCGUCAGGGCUGGGUGUCUUGACGGGACUGUCUCAACGCGUGCGUUGUGGAGCAAGCUGUCUGCUAGGGAGCACAUCAGCACUAUGGAGCCGUGGAGCUUUUUUGGUAGCCAGUGACCCAUCCAGCCAGGGUGGUGCAGAGGGAGAGGGUGAGGGCGUGGUGGCAGCAUGGCGUGGCCAGUACAGUUCGUGUGCCGGGCGCUGCGCACCGUUGGCCUCGUCAUCUUCUACUACACCUUCUCCAUCGGCAUCACCUUCUACAACAAAUGGCUGAUGAAGGGCUUCCACUUUCCGCUCUUCAUGACCCUGGUACACCUGGCCAUAAUAUUUUGCCUGUCAGCCUUGACACGCAGUGCAAUGCAGUGUUGGACCGGCAAGCCCAGAGUCCUGCUGAGCUGGAAGAAGUACCUCUUCAAAGUGGCCCCAACAGCCCUGGCUACAGCUUUGGAUAUAGGCCUGUCUAACUGGAGCUUCCUUUUCAUCACCAUCAGCCUGUACACCAUGACCAAAUCCUCCGCUGUCCUCUUCAUCUUGUUCUUCUCAUUGAUCUUCAAGCUGGAGGAGCCGAACCCAUUCCUGAUUGUGGUGGUGCUUCUGAUUGCUGGCGGGCUGUUCAUGUUUACCUACCAGUCCACGCAAUUCAACCUGGAGGGCUUCAUCUUGGUGCUGCUGGCGUCCUUCAUUGGUGGGAUCCGCUGGACACUCACGCAGGUUCUGAUGCAGAAGGCAGAGCUGGGCCUUCAGAAUCCUGUGGACACCAUGUAUCACCUGCAGCCCCUCAUGUUCAUUGGCCUCUUCCCCCUCUUCCUCUACAAUGAAGCCCUUAGCAUAUGCAGCUCAGCAAAGCUGUUCCGAGUGAGUGACCUCUCCCCACUGCUGUACUCCGUUUUCACACUGUCGGUGGGAGGAGCCCUGGCCUUUGGCUUGGGCUUCUCUGAGUUUCUGCUGGUGUCCCGCACCUCCAGCCUCACGCUGUCUAUUGCUGGCAUCUUCAAGGAGGUGUGCAUAUUACUACUAGCAGCCGUGUUUAUGGGGGAUAAGAUGACCACUGUGAACUGGCUGGGCUUUGCUGUCUGUCUCUCCGGAAUCUCCCUGCACGUGGGGCUCAAGGCCUACUAUUCCAAAGGAAAGAGUGCCACACUGAGACAGCUGCCCAGCAAGGACAGCCCAGACCUGGAGCUGCCCCUGUUGCAUCGUGGCGAAGAGGAGGAGGACGGAGAGACAGAGGAGGUGUAUGAUGAAGAGGAGGAGCAGGAGAUCCUGCACUGAGUCACAGGUUGAGAAGGAAGACUGGGGUUCCACAAGGGAGAGUUAUAGGAAAGAAGACAAGGCGCGUCUGUGGAGAGCCUCCACAGGAAAGAACAAAGAGGAAAAGGAGGACGGGCGGACAGUCCCCUUCCACAGCCGCUUGGCAUCGACACUCCGCCAUCAACUCGUCAUUUGUCACCCGUCACUUGAAUAGUUGUUCCGUGUCUUGCAAAAAACCCUUAGUGGUAGUUUUGAAAAUUAGUUUAAUCUGCCACCAACCAUCUAAGUGUGCAAGAUAUAAUGGUGAACAGAGGGAAAUUAUUUUUCCCCCCUUUUCAACCGUUAUGUAUUUCAGAACUCUUUGACGUGUCUGUCAGAUAUCAGCUUCCGAAAGCCUUUAGUGCCUCAAAGCAAGAGAGAAAAAGGGGAAGAGGAGGAGCACAUCCUGUACUGAGAGGGUAUUACUUCUGCAGUUGUGUUCCACGUGCUUGUGCAGAUCACCAGGCUCCUUACUGUAUUACCCGUGACCGAUUUGUCCACUGAGAACGACUUGGAUGAAGGUCACCUACUUUAUACUUGUUUUUUUUUUCCCACUUAUGUGUAAAUAGGACCAAUGGAUUUGUUAGAUUUUUUAAAUGUUGCUUAAAA